GAACUCGUUCUCUCGCUCUUAUCCUUUCCUGUUUUCUCUCCCCCCUCCCUCUCUCCCUCUUCCUUCGCCUCCGCUGCACUCUCUGCUCGAUCGGUCCAAGGUACGUGUGGUUUUGGCCAGCUGAAAAUUUAUCCCCUCCUGUCCUUCCCGGCAUUGGCAUGUGUGGUUGGACGCCCACCUAAAGCAUCCAGGUUGAUUUCUCCGGUGGCUAAUCACACUACCCAAAUAGCCCCGUUUUUUCUCUAGGCUCAGCGUUUCGCAACGCUCCGCUUCCGCGUGUCCGUCCGUGCUUUUCUUUCUCUGGAGCCUUGAUAGAUAUCUUCACACCUUUUUCUUCCUCUCUACAUUCAAUACCUUUUUUUUUUUUUUUUUUGCCAUCUCUCGCCCCCUCCCCGAUAUUAUUUUUCCAUCUCCUCUCCUCACCC